AUGCUCCGAUCACUCCUUCUCACUCUGGCUGCUGCUGGCUUGGGUGCUGCUCACUUCACCCUCAAUUGGCCAGAAACUGCCGGAUUCAGUGACGACGACGAACCGACGGCGCCUUGCGGAGGGGCAACGGUCGUUGUGAACGACACCGCACCCGAGAUCAACGUGGAUCGCUUCGCCGUCGCCAUCUUCAGCUCUCAUCCUGCUGGCAACUGGACCUUCCGUGCUACGCAGAGUACUGAGGAGCCCUACGACUUCACCGACAUCGUGCCUGGUGUUAGCAGUACCGGCCCAGGAGACUUCUGUCUGACACACCUUCGUGCCCCUAGCGACUGGGCUGGCAGUUCUGGUAUCUUGCAGGUCAUUGACAACUCUGUCGAUGGCACACUCUAUCAGUGUGCGCCGGUGAGAUUCGUUUCAGGCGCCAACGACACUGCUGGAGCCAGCUGCCGUAACAACACCGGCUUCAGCGCUACUUUCUCAUCAGCAGAGACAUCGAACUCGUCAGGAACUUCUGAGGAGACACCCUCCGGCACUGCUGCUCCAUCAGCUUCAUCUAGCGCCGCCGCCGCCGCUAUGGCCACUGGGGUUGGAAGUGUACUCGGUCUGGGUCUCCUGGCAGCUGGUUUGGCAUUGUAG